CUUAAUUGGAAACACUUUGGGUGAAGAGAACCCUAAAACUCGGGGGAGCCCAGGCGAGGGUGGGAACAACUUGACAAAAACUUAUACAGUAAAUAAGAGAUUACUAUUCCAGGCCUUUAUUUAUUGGCCCAAACUGGCAUGUUAUUUCUGUUCCAAUGAGCAACUGAAAAAAUUAAAGCCCCACCCAACCACGUAUAUAUGAUGGUUAUUUCCAACUUCCUGCUUUACUCACCACCUUUUUCUGCUGACGAGCAAGGAGUUAAUAUGACUAUUUGCCCCACACAUUCUUUUUAAAUGCUUCAUAAAAUUCUACCUUCUAUCUGUCAUCGCCAGGUGUCUUAUUCACAGAAUGAGAUCAGGAAACCAACUCCUCAGCUCACAGUAUUCACUUGGAAGCCUGAUUAAAAGCACUAUUUACAAAGUUUUCCUACCAGCACUCAGGAAUGAAAGUAAAGAAUUUAAGAAUUGAACCAGUCUUUGAAUUAAAAUAUAAGCAGGAAAGUGAACAAAUUUAAUUGAGAAUGUCUGAAAACUUUGACAAAUCCAAUAUAAAUGAAGCAGGAAAAUCAAAAUCAAAUGAUUCUGAGCAAGGCCUUGAAGAUGCUGCAGAAGGCUCUGAUGAAGCUUUACAGGAAAAAAUAAAGUCGGACUCUCCUAGCACCCAAAGAGUGCAAAGACCUCACUCCAGUCCUCCGCGUUUUGUGACAGUAGAAGAACUUCUAGAGACAGCAAAAGGGGUCACUAACAUGGUCCUGGCCCAUGAAAUUGUAGUAAAUGGAGACUUCCGGAUUAAACCUGUUGAAUUGCCAGAAGACAGUUUGGAGAAGAGAGUGAAGGAGAUUGUACAUAAAGCUUUUUGGGAUUGCUUGAGUGUGCAGCUAAGUGAAGACCCCCCAACUUACGACCAUGCCAUUAAACUUGUUGGAGAGAUCAAAGAGACUCUCUUAUCUUUCUUGCUGCCUGGUCACACUAGACUGAGAAACCAGAUUACAGAAGUCCUGGAUCUGGAUCUGAUAAAGCAGGAGGCAGAGAAUGGGGCCCUAGACAUUUCCAAGCUGGCGGAAUUUGUUAUUGGUAUGAUGGGGACACUGUGUGCACCUGCUCGAGAUGAGGAAGUUAGGAAACUAAAGGACAUUAAGGAAAUAGUGCCCCUUUUCAGGGCAAUUUUUUCCAUGUUAGACCUAAUGAAAGUGGACAUGGCGAACUUUGCUGUCAGUAGCAUUAGGCCACAUCUCAUGCAGCAGUCAGUGGAAUAUGAAAGGAAGAAGUUUCAAGAGCUUUUGGAGAAGCAGCCAAAUUCCCUGGACUUCGUCACCCAGUGGUUGGAAGAAGCUGCAGAGGACCUUAUGAAUCAGAAGUAUAAAAAUGCCCUGCCAGCUGGGGGAGGGGCCGCUGGCUCUGGGGACAGUCUCCUGCCAAGUCCCAUUUCCAUCCAGAAUUACGCGUAUGUGAAGCUCCUGAGAUGGGACCACCUCCGGAGACCGUUCCCUGAGACACUCUUGAUGGACCAGUCUCGCUUCCAGGAGCUCCAGCUCCAGCUGGAGCAGCUGACCAUCCUGGGGGCCGUGCUGCUGGUCACGUUCAGCAUGGCAGCCUCAGGAAUUUCCAGCCAGGCCAACUUUGCUGAGAAACUCAAGAUGAUCGUGAAGAUCCUGCUGACAGAUCUGCGUCUGCCGUCCUUCCAUCUGAAAGAUGCCCUGACUACCAUCGGGGAGAAGGUCUGCCUGGAGGUGAGCAGCCGCCUUUCCCUGUGUGGGUUCGCCCCCUUUACCAAGGACAAGGAGACCGUGCUCAAGGGCCAGAUCCAGGCUGUGGCCAGUCCCGAUGACCCCAUCCGCAGGAUCAUGGAUUCCCGAAUCCUGGCCUUCUUAGAAACCUGCCUUGCCUCAGGUCAUCAGAAGCCACUGCCCACGGUACCCGGAGGAUUGGGUCCGGUCCAGAAAGAGCUGGAGGAAGUCGCUAUUAAAUUUGUCCGCCUGGUCAACUAUAACAAGAUGGUCUUCAGUCCCUACUAUGACGCAGUCCUCAGUAAGAUCCUUGUCAGCUCCUAACAUGCGCGCUCCCUACAGCAGCAGUAUUAUCUACUCCAUUCGGAAUACCUGUUCUCAACCAUUAUCUGGCUUUGGAAAGUGGCUGUUUAGCGCAUUUCUAUUUAAUAGCAUCGAUUCCAAAAUGAAGAAUAUUUAUUGUGUAUCAGUGUUGAAAAGACUUGUUGAAAAAUCCACUGAGUUCUAUUUUGAGGGUUUGUAUUUAUGAGUACAAGUUUACAGGUCAAAGGAGCUUUUUGUUAUCUUGAGUUUCAUAGGUAGCGCCCAGCUUUCGAGUGGACUGCCAUGCGUCUCCACCCCCUCUGUGUCAUGACCAUGGUUAUCUCCCCUAGGAGGCCGGGACCUGUCUUCUGUUAUCUGGGUAGUUUUUCUUUCAGACACCCAAGAACGGAAGAGAAUAAGCCAUGACCUUGUUCAGACUCUUGCCCCUCUGACACAGCCUCCCCCCUCCUCCUUCCCGGUGUUUUGUGUUAGAAGGGCUGUAUGUAGUCUUACUGCCAACCCCCCCACUGCCCCUAUUUAUUGCUUUUCCCCUACCUGACUUAGCAGAGCCCCAGAGCCCUUGUGUUCUAGAGGAGAGUUACUUGAUUUUUAAAAGCUUAUUCUUUUAUACAGAAUUCCUCUUGAGCUUGAAUGAUAGCAGUUAUGAUUUAAGGGAUCUAGAGAGAGAAGAUUCUUUGACUUUUAAGCUUUGAAAGUUGAAGAAAAAUUAUAUAUAUAUAUAUUUUAAAUAUAUAUUGAUGUAAUACAGAAGGAAAUAAAUGUCUGGACUUUUUACUGAAAAAUUCACUGUCAUGCAAUACACAGAUAUAUUGAUUGGAUUAGAGUUCUGGAAUUAGAUUUGAGUGUUUUCAGAUAAAAAUAGUAUGAACUCAUUUAUUUCUCUCUUUUUUAAACAUUUUAUUUAUUUAUCUUUAGAGGGGGAAGGGAAGGAGAGAGGGAGAGAAAUAUCAAUGUAUGGUUGCCUCUCAUGGGUCCCCUGCUGGGAACUGGCCUGCAACCCAGGCAUGUGCCCUGACUGGGAAUCAAACUGUGAUCCCUUGGUUCGCAGGCCUGUACUCAGCCCACUGAGUUACACCAGCCAGGGCUGAACUCAUUUAUUUCUUUGAUAAGGAAGUCAUAUAGAAAUCCCUUGGUAUCAAGCAGUAUUUUUUGAGGAAUUUCAGUGUCCAGAAUUUCUGACAUAACUUGUGACUAAAAGAGGAGUUUGGGUCUCACCGAUGACACGUUCUAUUAAAAAAAUUAAAUGCGUGCGUAUGCAUGUCAGACAGAGACGUUGUAUUAGAGGCAGAGCCAUGAGGUCAUUGGAGUGAUCUCCAACUGCCAGAGCAGCAGGGGACGAAAUAAUACAAGGGUUGCCUUUGUUAAAGGCAAUGAGGACAGAGAUUCCAAGAUGGUGGCAGAGUAGGUGGAAGCUAACAUUCAUCCCCUCCUGGGACCAAACUGGAAUUACAAGUAAAUUAUAGAACAAUCAUCCUGAACAAACAACUAAAGACUAGCUGAAGUCUUAUACCAAGAGUUCACAAAGAAUCCACAUUGGGACUGGUAGGGAGGGCGGAGACAUAAAAAGGGCUGGCCCCGCUUCCACAGGUGGCAGCUGCGGUUCUAGAGGGUUAUCUCAGCUUCAGAGGUGGGGGAGUUCCCCCUAAGUGUGGGAUCUAAACCCCAUGCUGGGCUCCCCAGCCCAGAACACCAGAGCCAGGAAGAGGUGCCCACAUAACACCUGGUGUAAAAACCUGCAGGGUUUCUGUCCGUCGGGGAGAGAUGGGAGUCUGCAAGAGACACAGGCACCCUCUUAAAGGGCCAACACAUAAAAUUUCCUUUGCAGUCACUCACCCUGGGCUCUGGCAGAGGGAUGGCAGAGUCAGCUAAAAUUGAAUGAGGAGAGUCUGGGGUUUUUUCUGGGGAGGGAGCUGAAAGGACAGCUGCCAAGAUGCCUGUGCUGUCAUUCCCACACUGCAAAGGCCAUCUUUCUCGGAUGGAACACCCCCUUCCCUAUGGCAUCGGCCUGGGGGAAGCAAUAGCCCUACCCUUUGAACUCCCUCUCACCCCACCCUGUGGAGCUUACACCCUGCUGAGUACAGCCAGAGGCUUUUCCAGUGACUGAGCCUAAAAGGCAGCCCUGAGGUAGAGACAGAUCUUGCAGUGCCUUGGGACUUUUGCUGGCCUAUGCCACCAGGCCUGGUGCUGGUAAAAGCUGGCACUGGUGCACAGCUUGGUCCUUCCCACGUGUACCCAGGUCCAGGAGAGGCAGCCAUAAACUGUAGAUUGCUUGUAACUCCAAACAGAUUGCUAAAGGCCAAUCACAGGCAAUAUACCUGAAGUCUUAUACCAAGGGUUCACAAAGAAUCCACAUUGGGACUGGUAGGGAGGGCGGAGACACAAAAAGGGCCGGCCCCGCUUCCACAGGUGGCAGCGGCGGUUCUAGAGGGAUAUCUCAGCUUCAGAGGUGGGGGAGUUGGCUUGAACCAGCGUGCCUUCUAAGAGGUCCACAACAAAUACCCAGUGGUCAACUUCAGUCAACAUUACAGGAUCCAAUAAGCUUAACAGGCAGUAUAUCCAAAGGGAGAUCUUGGCAGGAACCACACCCUGUGGAGGCGAAUUCUGCUUUUUGUGGUGAGCAGUUGCACAGCAGUCCACAUGUUAUGGUCAGGGUUGAGCCUCACAGUCAGCUAGCCUGAGGGUCAAUCCCAUGCACGAAUGAGCUAAUAGCAAUCACGAUUCAAUUAUGCCUUAGCUGUUGUGGCUCAGUUGGUUGGGCAUUGUCCUACAAGCCAAAAGGUUGCUGGUUCAGUUCCUGGUCAGGCUACAUGCCUGUGUUGUGGGUUAGGUCCCUAGUCCAGACGUGUGCAAGAGGUAACUGAUUGAGGCUUCUCUCUCACAUGGAUGUUCUACUCCCUUUCUUUCUCCCUACCUUCCCCUCUUCUAGAAUUAAUACAAGAAAAUACUUAUUUUAAAAAAGUCUCAGUUUACAACAGGAGGGCCCACAUAACCUACACAGGGACAUUCCUGGAGCACCCAGCGCAGGUGAUCAAGAAGACUGCACCACUGGGGCCCCACAGGACACCUACAAAAUAAGGCCAGUCCACAAAGACUGGACGGGAGUCAUAGCAGAAGUCUUUAAUAGUAAGACAUAGUAAGAAACAUAAAGAGGCAGCCAAAAUGGGGAGACAAAGAGACCCUAAAUGAAAGAAUAAGAGAAAUCUCUAAAAAAGAACUAAGUGAAAUGGAGGCAAGCAAUUUAUCAGAUACAGAGUUCAAAAUAAUAGUUAUAAGAAUGUCCAACAGCAUGAAAAAGGACCUAGAAACCAUAAAAAAGGACCAGUCAGAAGUGAAGAAUACACUGGAAGGGACAAACAGGAGGUUGGUUGAAGCAGAGGAUCAACUCAGUGAUUUGGAAGACAAAGUACAAAAAAGUAAUCAGAGCAGCAAAAAGAAAAAAAAAUGAGGUGAGUAACAUCAUCAUUGAGAUACGCAAAAGGCAAAGAGAGAAAGCAAGGUAUUGAGAACCUAUUUGAAGAAACAAUGACCAAAAGCUUCCCUAACCUGGUGAAAGAAUAAGACAUACAAGUCCAGGAAGCACAGAGAAUCCCAAACAAGAUGGACCCAAAGAGGCCCACACCAGGACACAUCAUGAUUAAAAUAGGAGAGGUUAAAGACAAAGAACUUGAAGACCACAAGAGAAAGACAGUUACUUACAAGGGAGCUCCCAUAAGACUGUCAGCUGAUUUCUCAACAGAAAUACUUCAGGCCAGAAAGGAUUGGCAUGAAAUAUUUAAAGUGAUGGAAAGCAAGGACCUACAACCAAGACUAUACCCAACAAGAUUAUCAUUUAGAACGGAAGGAGAAAUAAAGAGCUUCUAGACAAGAAAAAGCUAAAGAAUUUGUUACCACCAAACCAGUGUUACAAAAUGUUAAAGGUUCUGUUUGGAGAAGGAUGAAGAGAAGGGGAAACAACAAAACAAAACUCAGAGGAACAUAGUCAAAAGAAUAAAAUGGCAACAAAUACAUACCUAUUAAUAAUCAUUUUAAAUGUAAAUGGCUUAAAUGCUGUGAUCAAGACCCACAUAUGUAUGUUGUCUAUAAUGACCCAGCUCAGAACAAAAGAUACACAGAGACUAAGAGUAAAGGGUUAGAAAAAGAUAUUUCAUGCAAAUGGGAAGGAAAAAGUAUCGAUCCUUAAUAUCUGACAAUAUGGACUUUAAAACCAAGGCUACAGUAAGUUACAAAGAAGGACAGUACAUAACGACAAAGGGAACAAUCCAACUAGAGGAUAUAACCCUAGUAAACAUGGAGCACCCAACACAGGAGCACCUACAUGUGUAAAGCACAUCAUGGUGGACGUAAAGGGAGAGACUGACAGUAAUACAGUCAUAGUCAGGGACUUUAACAGCCACUGACAUCAAUGGACAGAUCUUCCAGUCAGAAAAUCAACAAGGAGACAGCUGCCUUAAACAAUAUACUAGAUCAGAUGGAUUUCACUGAUACCUUCAGAGCAUUUCAUCCCAAAGCUGCAGAGUGUGCAUUCUUUUCCAGUGCACAUGGGACAUUUUCUAGGACAGACCACAUGUUAGGACAAACAAGUCUCAGUAUAUUUAGGUAGAUUGAAAUCAUAUUAAGUACCAUCUCCAAUGAUAAUGGUAUGAAACUAAUCACAAGAAAAAACCAAAACGCACAGACAAAAACGAAAUAGCAUUACUAAACAGUGAAUGAGUCACCAAUGAUGUCAAGGAAGAAAUUAAAAGAUACCUUGAAACAGGCAGUGAGGGGCGGGCUGGAGUAAGGGACAGGGUUGGAAGUGGCCAGAGGAUCCCUGAGUCCGUUUCCUACAUUUUGGCCUCUGGGCCACAUUGGAAGAAGAGUUGUCUUGGGCCACACAUUAUAUACAUUGCGACACAUAAUCACCAAAAAAUCUCAGUGUUUUAAGUAAGUUUAUAAUUUCGUGUUGGGCCACAUUCACAGCCAUCCUGGGCUACAUGUGGCCCGCAGGCCACAGGUGGGACACCCCUGCCACAGACCGUGCUGUGAAACCAGGUUUCAGAGGAGUGAAGGGUUAUAUUGUGGGGGAUUGCAAUUUCUCCAAAUACAUGUUAUCCAUUUUUUGUUUUUUUUUCUUUUGUUUUUUUUAUUGCAGUCAGAGAUGUAUGCUGCAUUAUGUGGUCAGAAGUCAUAUUCUUAAAAAAAGUUUAGAUUCAAGGACAAAUCUUCUCUGGUUUUAUUGGAAAGGGAUCAAAGUUCAGUAACUAGAACUUUUAAAGAACAAAAUCACAUCUUUUCCAGUGCAUCCAAUGAGGUCACUUCUGGAACUGGUUCUGUAGUUAAGGUUGCUUAUGGGCUGGGUCUAGCUUCAAUGCCAGGCACCCAGGGGCGGCACUUCUUUGCCAGCCUCAGCCUCUGGGUGUUUAAGGUUUUAUUCCCCCUCCUCCAAGGAAGAAGGAGGGGAACUUUACCCCACAUACACUUCCUGUAGUUAUUCUUUCUAAAUCUCAACAAUUCUUUUUGCCUUCUUUUGUAAGAGUUAACUCACACGAUUUGUUUUACCUCAUAAAUUCCUGAAUUGAUAAAGUUUGCUUGAAAUCUUAAUGCGUAUUAUAUAACAGGGAGCGUCACAGACUCUCAUGCCCAGCCCACCCCACCUCACUUUUCACUGAUGGAGUUCUUCCUACAAGUGGUGAAAGCCAAGCAUGGACAAGGCAAAGUUCAGAAACACAGUGUUUAUAUUGAAUCAUUUUGUUGUUGCUCUUUGAAGAUAAGUGAGCUCAUUUUCUUCCUGGAAUCUCACAGGAUUAUCAGUAAGGGCCAGGAAAAUUCACUUAGUUCAUUGAGUCACUCAGGAAAUGUUUCUUAAGCAUCUACGUGGAAUUCCUCCCUGCAGCUCUCCUGCUCCAUCGAAGACAGAAUAUCCUGUGGCAUAUUAAUCAUCCUUCAGAAUUAAAGUGGUUCUAUUUACUACAUACAGAUCGGGUUUGACAUGAUUUCCUGCCUAAUGGGUUUGUGAAAACAGUGUCAGAACCACAAUAAGAUGUCUUACCAAUUAAAUGCAGUGGACAGAUGUAUAAGAACUUUUUUCUCUGUGAAGAAAAGUUACUGAUAAGUUUGACAUAUUACUCAUGUAAGGUGCAGAUACUGUCUGACAAUUCUAAAGGGACAAUUCAGCAAUUCUGUUUUUGUGGCAGUGCUUACUUUCAUUUCUCCAAGCCUUAAAGUUUCCGGAAGUGGAGAGGGCUGCUGCCCCCAGUUUUCUUGGUGAAUUUCCAGUGAUGUUUUGGCACGCCCUGACUUGUAUGUAUAACAUUCGUAUUGCUUAAUCUGGGGGCAGGACGGUAGAGUGGAAAGAUGGGAGCUGUCAAGAAACCACCAUUCUGACCCCAUUACUAUUACAUACCAGCUGGGGCUUAUCGGGACUCAUUCCCAACACCUGUAAAGGAAAAGGACUAGACCUUUAAGCCCCUUUCCAGUUGUGACAUUCUGUGGUACAUCUGACUUGAGAAACUCAAUAGACUGCAGGAUUGUGCACAAAGCUCCCGAUUUAGAGGAAGAUCUAGUUUUGAGUCUUUCCUCUGUUGCCUUCUUACUGGUUUCAUGAUAUUGAUUGGCCAGUCAAUCUCCCUAGGGCCUCAGUAUUUUCAUCUGUAAAAUGGUAACAUUUACUAACUCACACUUUCUGUGAGCAUUAAAUUUGAUAAUGGCUAUUAGGAUGCUUUGUACAUGGAAAAGAACUACAAAUUGCCUUAUUAACAAGGGAGAGCAUACAACCCUCUACCUGUGCACAUCUAUUGUUGUGAUAGAUUCGACUGUUGGUGCUCAACUUCCCUUUAGGCGAGUCCAUGUCAUAGGCCUAUAGGGGGUUUUCCUUUCCUGUCCCAGCACUUACUUUCUUUCGCCGUCUCUCUACUAGAGCUGCAAUCUUACCUUCGCUUAUCACCAACCCCCACUCUCACUCCAGUGAUUUCUCCCCAUCUCCACCUCUGGAUUAUUAUUUGAAUAAAUGAAUGGAAGCGGAUGAUGGGCUGUCACACUUAUUUAAAGGCAUUAUCUCAUUGAAAAUAUAAUCUAAAUGAAGAACUACGGAAAGUUUGCCAUUGUGAAUUUAAACUGGAUUUGUAUUAUUGAACUAUUUCUGAUAGGUAGCCUUUCAUUCAUAGUAUUUAGAGAAACUAAAGGGCCAAGCCUCUGAGCCCAGUAAGUUCUACUAACCUAUUAAAUAUUCACAGAUACUUUCAGAAAUAGUCCUAGAAAAUAAGCACUAGAAACUUUAAUAGGCACAAUUUCGCCGAAAACCACCCCUAGUAUGAGUUUCCGUUACACCUGAUUAUAUUGCCUUCUGAACCUAAGAACUAGAGCUAAUCUAUAGGCCUGGUCUGAUGGAGUAGCAUUUAGGUUUUUAAAAAUACAUUUUAUUGAUUAUGCUAUACAGUUGUCCCAUUUCCCCCUUUUUAAUCCCCUCCUCCCUACACCCCCGUCUCACCUGCAUUCUCCCCUGUUCAUGUCCAUGGGUCAUACAUACAAGUUCUUUGGCUUCUCCAUAUCCCAUAAUAUUCAUAACCUCCCACUGUCUACUUUGUACCUACCAAUUACGCUUCUUACUCCCUGUACCAUUUCCCUCCAUUCUCCCCCCACCUCUCCCUGCUGAUAACCCUCCAGGUGAUCCCUGUUUCUGUGAUGCUGUUCCUAUUCUAAUUGUUUACUUCAUUUGUUUUUGUUUUUUUAGGUUCAGUUGUUGGUAGUUGUGGAUUUGUUGUCAUUUUACUGUUCAUAUUUUUGACCAUCUUCUUUUUCUUAGAUAAGUCUCUUUAGCAUUUUAUAUAAGGGCUUGGGAUGAUGAACUCCUUUAACUUGACCUUAUCUGAGAAGAGCUUUAUCUGCCCUUCCAUUCUAAAUGAUAGCUUUCCUGGACAGAGUAAUCUUGGUUGUAGGUCCUUGCUUUUCAUGACUUUGAAUACUUCCCCUUCUUGCCUGCAGGAUUUCUUUUGAGGAAUCAGCUGACAGUCUUAUGGGAGCUCCUUUGUAGGUAACUGUCUCCUUUUCUUUUGCUGCUUUUAAGAUUCUCUCCUUAUCUUUAAUCUUGGGCAAUGUCAUUAUGAUGUGCCUUGGUGUGUUCCUCCUGGGGUCCAAGUUCUUUGGGCUUCCUGGACUUUCUGGAAGUCUAUUUCAUUUGCCAGCUUGAGGAAGUUCUUCUUCAUUAUGUUUUCAAAUAAGUUUUCAGUUUCUUUCUCUUCCUGUUUGCUUUCUGGCACCCAUAAGAUUCGGAUGUUGGAAUGUUUAAAGUUGUCCUGGAGGUUCCUAAGCCUGUCCUCAUUUUUUUGAAUUCUUGUUUUUUCCUUCUGCUCUGGUUGAAAGUUUAUUUCUUCCUUCUGCUCCAAACUGUUGAUUUGAGUCCUGGUUUCCUUCUCAUGACUGUUGGUUCCCUGUACGUUUUUCUUUAUUUCACUUUUUCCUCUAUUUUGUGACCCUACUUAACCAAUUCUGCGAGUGUCCCGAUUACCAGUGUUUUGAACUGUGCAUCUGAUAGGUUAGCUAUCCCUUUGUUGCUUAGUGGUAUUUUUCCUGGAGCUUUGAUCUGUUCUUUCAUUUGGGCCAUAUUUUUUUUAUGUCAGAGCACCUGUUACGUACUAAGGGGCGGAGCCUUAGGUGUUAAGCAGGGCGGGCAACCCACGUGGCCGCAUUGUUGUGCUGUAUGUUGGGGAGGGGUCAGGAGGAAACAAUGCCGCUUGCUCAGCUCUCUGCCAGCUUUCAGUCACUUCCUCUGCUUCCCACAAGCAAAUUAGGCCCUUCUGAUGCUGAUUCCCAGGUCAGUAAGUUUUGUGUACACUCUAGAACUCUGAGUCUCUCCAGCAAACUCUCUUGUGAGUUUCUCCUGCUGCCUCAACUCCCACAGGAUUUUUUAGUCAGAGGUUUUGAGGCUUUUUCCCCUGCUGGAACCCUAGAUUGAGUGGUCUGUCUUGCUCCCCAGUUGUUCCUCCUGGUUUAUCUGCACUCGAAUGUGGGACCGCCCACUCUGCCAGCUGCUGCCUCACCGCUAGUCCUCUUUCCCCGGCCGCCCAUCUCCACCCCUCCUACCGGUCUGGGUGAGUGUUUCUCCUUUAACUCCCUGCUUGUUGGACUUUCAUACAGUUCAAUUUUCUGGCAGUUUUGGUUAUUUUUUGUUGUUGAUUUUGUUAUCAUCCUUUUGCUUGUGUGAGGAGGCACAGUGUGCCCACCUACUCCUCCAUCUUGGCUGGAAGUUCUGGUCUGUUCUUUCAUUUGGGUUAUAUUUUUUGUCUUGGUAUAGCUGUUACAUAGUAAGGGGUGGAGCCUUAGGUGUUCACCAGGGCAGGGCAACCACGUCACUGCAUUGUUGUGCUGUAUGUGGGGGAGGGGUCCAAGAGGGGACAGUGCUACUUGCUUCACUCUCUGCCGGAUUCAUUCACUUCCCCCACUUCCCACAAGGAAACUGGGCCCUUCUGGUGCUGAUUCCUGUGUAGGUCGGUUUGUGUACGUUCUAGGACCCUGUGGGCCUCUCCAGUGAACUCUGCUGUGAGGCUGGGAGUUUCUUCUGCCACCACAACCUCCACAGAUUGUUACAGUCAGAGGUCUUGAGGCUUUAUUUCCCUGCGCUGGAACCCUGGGUUGCAGGCCUGUCUCACUCCCCAGGUGUUCCUCCCAGUUUAUCCACAUGCAAAUGUGGAACCACCUGCUCCGCCAGUCGCUGCCUUGCCUGUUCCUGUCCACCGACCAUUGCCUUGCCAUGCAUCCUCUCCACCCCGGCUGCCUGUCUCAGUCCCUCCUGCCAGUCUGAAUGAAUGUUUCUUAUUUAACUCCUUGGUUGGUUGUUGGACUUCCAUACAGUCCAGUUUUUCUGGUUAUCUUGUUUUUAAAUCUGUUGUUGCCCUUCUUUUGGUUGUGCGAGGAGGCAAAGUGCAUCUACCUACACCUCCAUCUUGGCCAGAAGUCAGUAUCAUUUAUUAGGGUUUUGGGGUUUUUGUUGCUUUUUAUUUAUUUUAUUUUUAGACAGAGGGUAAGGGAGUGAGAAGGAGAGCGAAACAUCAGUGUGUGGCUGCCUCUUGCAUGUGCUGCCACUAGGGACCUGGCCUGCAACCCAGGCAUGUGCCCUCACUGGGAAUCAAACUGGUGACCCUUCGAUUUGCAGGCUGGCACUCAGUUCACUGAACCCACACCAGCCAGGGCUCAUUUAGUUUUGAAAUCAGAUGUGUCUUUAGUUAGUAGCAAUAGUCAGAUUGCACCAUUUUUAGGUUUGUCUUACCUGAACUAAAUAUUGAGAACCUAUAAAGUGUAACUUCUGACUUAAAAGCAACCUUAAAAUGGAAAUAACACUCCUCUUCCUUCCACCCCCUUAUUGAUAUUGGCCUCUGCUUUUUAAAGUAUUGUCUUUGUGCUCAGAGUAGAACUUUGGUGAGGGCUGAGACAGAGAAGAAAAUUUGGUUGGUAAGCUGCUGAAUUUUCUUGACUUUUAUUCCCAAAACUUGGUAAGCUAACACUUCUGUUGAAUAUUUAAGAUUUUUACUUAAAUCAGUAACAUGGUACCUGAGUUUUGUUUUUGGUGUGAAUUACCUUUUAAGACUUAAGAAAUUUUUAUUUUAAAAAACAUAAUUUUACUUGACAAAUGUCCAAGUCAAGGAAGAACUACCAACUUUAAUGAAGUUUAUUUAAAUGUAAAAAACAAUUUAGGAACAUGGUAAUUAUACUUUUAUUGCUGUGUAAAUGAAUUCUUAGUUUUAUUAAGUAAAGGCUGAUGAUGGAGGGUUAUAAAAUCACAAAAUAAAUUUAUAAUUAUUGACCAAAGUAAAAAUGCUGACUAAGUGGUCUAUUUUCUCAUUUUUU